AUGACGGGUGUUAUUGGAUCAUUGGCGGAGUUCCAAAUGGAUGGAGACUGGUCAAUUUAUCAAGAAAGAAUGGAACAAUUUUUCUUAGUUAAUACAAUACCGGAGGAACGCAAGGUACCGUUGUUAAUUACAUGUAUUGGGGAAAAAACAUACAAGACACUAAAAGAUUUGUGUGACCCUUUAAUACCAUCCGAAAGACCGUAUAAGGAACUAUGUACUAUAUUAAAUAGGCAGUUCUCUCCUAAAGUGUCAGUCUUUAGACAGCGGGAAGAAUUUUAUAAUUUAAGACAAAAUUCUAAUGACAACGUAAAGGAUUGGUAUGCAUGA